AAGCUAGCUCAGUCCUCAGGGAGGGACACAGUCUGCAGGCUGCUGCCUCAUACCCCCUCCCCAUGUAAUUGUAGGGUGCUGUUAAGCCAGGAGUUAUUUUUACUGCUUUUAAGAGUUGAGAAAGGCACACAUUUCAAUUUGGAUGAGGAGGUGCUCAAUAUGGCCUGCUUGACAUCAAUUUAGAGUAGAGUAAUAAGUUUCCAGGUUAGGGCUUUGGUCUUUUUUUGGGAAACGUUCCUAUUCCUAGUGAGACAAAGUGAAAAAAAAAGGACAACAGGAUGAUGGGAACAGGCUUUAACUUGCCUGUGACUUUAAAUCCUUGUCUCUUGUGAUUGGUUGUGAGGAAAACCUUUGCAUGCUUACGAUUGGUUGUUGAAAAAUCCCAGCGAGCACUUCUGUUUUUGAUCCUUCCCCUUUUCCUGCAUGUGUCACUCAGAUCAUGAGACUGCCUGUUGUAUGUCCCUGUACGAACAGACCACAAAGUCCAAACCAAAAUCCAAGUGUUAAAAAGGGAUGACUUGCUUACAUUGUCAGUUGCCACUCCUCCUAAAACUGGUCAGCCUUGUUUCAGGGCUGCGGUUUGCAUCAUCAUCAUCAUCAUCAUCUUUCUCCCAGGUGCCUUUCCUGUCGGUAUGGAACGCCCCCACUGCCAGCUGUCUCUCUCAGUAUGGCGUCGACCUCGACUUGGGCAUCUUCAGCAUCGUCCAGAACCAGAACCAAACCUUCAUGGGUGAAAACAUAACCAUCUUUUACGCUGAAAAGCUCGGCCUGUACCCCAGGUACUCUGGCCAAGCAGUGGUCAUCAACGGCGGGGUGCCACAGAACGCCAGUCUUGACGCACACCUCAGGGUGGCUAACGAGAACAUCAGCACUUAUAUCCCCCAUAAGGACUUCCAGGGGUUGGCUGUGGUGGACUGGGAGAGCUGGAGGCCCGUGUGGGAGAGAAACUGGGACAGUAAGCAGGUGUACUGGGAGGGGUCAAAGGCGCUGGUGAAGGCCAAGCAUCCAGACUGGACUCCUGCGCAGGUAGAGGCUGCAGCAAAGGUGGAGUUCGAGGACGCUGGGAGGAAAUUCAUGGAGGAAACGCUCAAACUGGGGCAGAAGGAGAGACCAAACGGGCUGUGGGGUUACUACGGUUUCCCCAACUGCUACAACUACUACAACGACAAGAACUACACAGGGGAGUGUCCAGCUGUGGAGCUGAAGAGGAACGACGAGCUGCUCUGGCUGUGGAACGUCUCCUCCGCUCUCUAUCCUGACAUCUACCUCAGCCUCGAGAUGCGGAAGCUCGGCAAAGAAGUGCUCCUCUACUCUCACCACCGCAUCCUGGAGGCCAUGAGAGCUGGAGCCCAGCAGACUCCAUCACCACCGCCCGUGUUCCCCUACGCCCGCAUCGUCUACACGUACACCCUGGAAUUCCUCUCUCAGGAGCACCUGGUCUACACCAUCGGAGAGAGCGCUGCUUUAGGAUCUGCAGGGGUGGUGCUCUGGGGCGACCAUGGCUUCUCCAAAUCUAAGGCCACUUGUGAUGCCGUGAAGUCCUACAUCGACAAGACCCUGGGUUCUUACCUGGUGAACGUGACGGCGGCGGCCACUCUCUGCAGCCAGACCUUGUGCUCCUCUCAGGGGAGGUGCCAGAGGAAGAGCCUGAAAUCGAGGGCCUACCUCCACCUCGACGCGGCCGUGUGGAAGGUGGUGUCAGAGGAGAGACCAGAGGGGGGGCGGGACUACACAGUUUUAGGGCGGAUGAGUACACGCGAGGUGGCACGCAUGAAGUCCGAGUUUGAGUGCAGGUGUUACAAAGGGUGGGGCGGUGAGAGCUGCUCCAAACCUGCUCAGGGAUAAAGGAGUGAGGCCUCGUCCACAUGUGUACAGAUUAUUGCUGGGGCGACGCGUCGACAUGAUCGACAACAUAAAUUCGUCGAAGUGAAUAAUUUGCGUCGACGUGUCGUCCCAAACAAGCAAAGCGAAUAGCCGGAAGUAAGUUUUUUUUGGGAAUGAGACUCAAACAUGAACCUUUCUUACAAAUAGCACCUUUAAAUUGAAUCAGGUAAUCCAGCGACUCAUAAAUAAUGUUUGUAAAAAAACUGAAGAAAGUGCUUUGAAUGGAAAUUUACAAACUUUUUGAUUUUUAUGUUUUCUUCAUGAAUUACUCUUAACUACUUGAUUGUUUUUAAUUUAUAUGGGAGCUGCUGCUGCAUUUUUUUUUUUUAACAAAUACCAACAAUGUUUUACAAUAUUUGCAGACAAAUCUUGACAUUCCUGUGAUGUGUUCUGAUAAAUGAAGAAUGUUUACUGACAUAAUUCUUUUCACCAUUUGUGUUCUAUAAAUCAGCCUUAAACUGUUGAUAACAAAAUGCUAAAACACUUUAUCUGCAGGCAUCCUGAGGAGUUUCUAAACCCUAUAAGGAUAUGGAGCAGUGGUUUUACAAGCGUAGCAAUGUGCCAACAAAGGUAGUCAAGAAGUAGACUGUAAUCCAGUACACAUGGAUUUAAACAAUGCAGGGUUGAAGAAAAACGCACUUAGCGUUUGUUUACAAGAUCGUUGCUCAUUGACACUUCUCUCUGCAGAAGGAUGUGUGUGUUUGACACUUGAAGGUUGUCCUCUUGUUCAUCUGCUUAAGAAUAAAAAUCCUCUGUACUCCCAUUAAAUCUAAUGUUCAGAUGCACAUUCAGAUUUCUUGAAUCCUGGAGGCUAAUCGCUAAUCGAUUGAUUCUUGAUCCUUAAAUAAGGGAGAGAUUCUUCUACAUUGACUUUUUUUGUGGAAAAACCAAAUAAAACGCAUUAACAUUCAA